AUGUUCACCAAGACUCAGUUCAUCGCCGCUACCGUCGUCCUUGCCUCGACACUUUCCGCUAAUGCCGCCCCCGCCUUGGGCCAGGAGCACUCUCUGGAGCGGAGGACUCACGGUAACGGUGGUUGGAUUACGCCCGCUCCAGGCAAAGGCCGCGCUGGCAAGAUUCGUCAAGCGCACGAAAUUGCCGCUGUGGAAAACCACAAGGCGUCGGAGCCCCACCACCAUGCCGUUGCACACGGUAACAAGGCGCACGUCCACGACACUUUCCAUUCCACGCACGGGGGCCCCGAUCACGCAACUGUCAAGUACUCAAACGCUCAUGGGCACCAUGUUUCCACCCUGCACAUUGCCAAGGACGGUACUCGUCUGCAGGGUGAUGCGCACCCACCUUCCCACCACAGCGGCACCCAUGCUCCUCCCAACUCCCCGAGGGAGCUUAACGAAUACAUUGAGCUCCUUCAGCGCGCUCUCGAUUUUUAUGACGACCUUGACUAA